AACUCGUGCUCGAAGUAGUUCACGUUCCAUAUAACAAUACACCUGUUGCCAUGUAUCAUCCGUCAUAUAUCAUUACACCUGUUGCCAUGUAUCAUCCGUCAUAUAUCAUUACACCUGUUGCCAUGUAUCAUCCGUCAUAUAACAUUACACCUGUUGCUAUGUAUCAUCCGUCAUAUAACAUUACACCCGUUGCCAUGUAUCAUCAGUCAUAUAACAUUACACCUGUUGCCAUGUAUCAUCAGUCAUAUAACAUUACACCUGUUGCCAUGUAUCAUCCAUCAUAUAACUUUACACCCGUUGCCAUGUAUCAUCAGUCAUAUAACAUUACACCCUCAUAUAACAUUACACCUGUUGCCAUGUAUCAUCAGUCAUAUAACAUUACACCUGUUGCCAUGUAUCAUCAGUCAUAUAACAUUACACCUGUUGCCAUGUAUCAUCAGCUCUUACGCGUUUCAUGCGAUAUGUUCAGUUCACAUUGCUAUGCCAAUAAACCUCCGGCUAUUCAGG